AUGGCACAGCAACAGCAAAUAAUGAAGUCUAGAGUUGUCCACAUAGACUCCAAAGAAACAUGGGAUUUCAUUGCAUCUCAAGCUAAUAAACAAGGCAGUCCUGUUAUAGUUCACUUUACAGCUUCAUGGUGCCUGCCUUCAGUAGCCAUGGAGCCAUUUUUCGAACGACUGGCCUCGAGUCAUCCUGAUAUUGAUUUUCUCCUGGUGGAUGUCGAUGAGGUUAAGGAGUUGGCAUCAAAGAUGGAGAUUAAGGCCAUGCCCACCUUUUUGUUCAUGAAGGAAGGGGCUGUGGUGGAUAAGCUUGUGGGUGCCAAUCCAGAGGAAAUCAAGAACAGGGUUGUUGGAUUAACCAACUAUAAUCAUUGA